GAGCCGGCAGCGCGCGGCGCACUCACCAGGCCCGGAGCGGGAGGCGCCUUUGCGGCGAGAGCAGCCCGGCGGCUCUGUGUGGAGAGGAAGCCCGGCGCGCGGGCCCCGACGGCGCGCGCCAAGCCACGUCCGCGCCGGCCCGCCGCGCUCCCGGGCGCUGUCACCGCUUCCCUCCAUUUUGAAAGGGAAGAGGCGCUCCGCCUCGCCGGCCUGCCCGCCCUUGGAGCCGGAGCCGGAGCCUCAGCCGAGCUCAUGGCCUUCAGCCCUUGGCAGAUUCUGUCCCCUGUGCAGUGGGCGAAAUGGACGUGGUCGGCGGUGCGCGGCGGGGUCGCCGGAGAGGACGAGGCCGGAGGGCCCGAGGGCGACCCUGAGGAGGAAGACUCGCAAGCCGAGACCAAAUCUUUGAGUUUCAGCUCGGAUUCUGAAGGUAAUUUUGAGACCCCUGAAGCCGAAACCCCAGUCAGAUCACCUCUCAAGGAAUCCUGUGAUUCAUCACUAGAAUUGGCAAGACCUGAGGCCAAAACCCAAGAAUCACAAGAAGCCGAUGAACAGCUGGUAGCAGAAGUGGUUGACAGGCACUCAUCUGAGACUUGUUCUGGAUCUUUGGGAAAUGAAGUACCACAGCUGGCCACUAGUCCUCACCCAGUCAGGGAUGUCAAAGAAGAACCUGGUCAUGAUAGCAGCAAAAUUUCAGUAGUGAGGCCAUUUUCAAUAGAAACCAAGAAUUCCUCCAAUAUCCCAGCAGCUCUUGGAACAGAAGCAAACUAUGGCUAUAUAACUUCAGUCUCAGAAGAGGCUUUGCCCUCCAGCAUGCCAGGAGCCACCCAGGAUGAGGCAGUGACAGAAUGCAGCAUGGGGGUUAUGCUGGAGGCAAUUGCAGAAGGUGAUCUGAAGGCUGGAAGCUCCUGUCGUGAGCCUGUGGCCAGCAGAAGCAAGCUGAGAAAGCCCAAACCCGUAUCUUUGAGGAAGAAAACAAUUGGGGGAGAGUUCUCUGGGGUGGAAACUACCACAGAGGCCAGACCUCUUGCCAGGGUAUCUCAUCAGACCAAUACUGAUGAAUUGGAUGAGAAUACACGUCCUUCUCAGCUGGGAGGUGACAGAAGCCAGAAAUCUCCCUGUGGCCUUAAGGAAGCUUCAGAUACUCUCAUUAGUGACACCAGUGACUCAGGGAUUGAGCCACAGGAAGAGGCAAGGAGCUCACCUCUCAAACUUGAGUUCGAUUUCACAGAAGAUGUGGAAAACAUAGAGGCCAGGAAAGCCCUUCCAAGGAAACUUGGCAGGAAACCGGGUAACAUACUGACUCCCAAGAUACAGAAAGAUGGCAUCUGUAAGCCAGUAGGUGUAGAACAGCCUGCAGACCUGAUAGCUGGAGAUAACCCUCUCUCCCAGGUGUCUUCUAAGCUAGAACCUAGUCAGUGGGAUUGCCCUGGCUUUAAUUCCUUUGGGAGCCAAUCUACUCUGCAGAACUCCCCACCCCUCUCCUCUAAGGCCUCCUACCAUUUUGACCCAGAUAACUUCGAUGAAUCCAUGGAUCCUUUUAAACCAACUAUGACUUUAACAAGCAGCAACUUUUGUUCUUCCACUGGUAAUCAUGUUAAUGAAAUCUUAGACUCACCCAAGAAGUCAAAGUCGCGUUUAAUAACGAGUGGCUGUAAGGUGAAGAAAUACGAAAGUCAGUCUCUUGCUUUGGAAACUUGUUCUCAGGAUGAAGGAGCAGUGAUCUCCCAGGUUUCAGACAUUUCUAAUAGGGACGGCCAUGCUACUGAUGAGGAGAAACUAGCAUCCACAUCAUGUGGUCAGAAAACAGCUGGGGCCACGGUGAAAGGUGAGCCAGAGGAAGACCUGGAGUACUUUGAAUGUUCCAAUGUUCCCGUGUCUACCAUAAAUCAUGCAUUCUCAUCCUCAGAAGCAGGCCUAGAGAAUGAGACGUGCCAGAAGAUGGACAAAGAGGGAUCCGCUGUGCUCGGACUGCAUGAGUCCUCAGAGAAGCCCCCUGUGUCUGUGGCCUGUGGCAGUGAGAGCCCCCUGGAUGGGAUCUGCUUGAGUGAAUCAGAUAAGACUGCCGUGCUCACCUUGAUAAGAGAAGAGAUAAUCACUAAAGAAAUUGAAGCAAAUGAGUGGAAGAAAAAAUAUGAAGAGACGCGACAAGAAGUCUUGGAGAUGAGGAAAAUUGUGGCUGAAUAUGAAAAGACCAUUGCCCAAAUGAUUGAAGACGAACAGAGGACCAGCAUGACCUCUCAGAAGAGCUUCCAGCAGCUGACCAUGGAGAAGGAGCAAGCACUGGCUGACCUGAACUCUGUUGAAAGAUCCCUCUCUGACCUGUUCAGGAGAUAUGAGAACCUGAAAGGCGUGCUGGAAGGGUUCAAGAAGAAUGAAGAAGCCUUGAAAAAAUGUGCUCAGGAUUACUUAGCCAGAGUCAAACAAGAGGAACAGCGAUACCAGGCCCUGAAAACUCAUGCAGAGGAGAAACUAGACAGAGCCAAUGAAGAGAUUGCUCAGGUUCGCACAAAAGCAAAGGCUGAAAGUGCAGCUCUGCAUGCCGGACUCCGGAAAGAGCAAAUGAAGGUGGAGUCCCUGGAGAGGGCCCUUCAGCAAAAGAAUCAAGAAAUUGAAGAACUGACAAAAAUCUGUGAUGAGCUAAUUGCAAAGCUGGGAAAGACUGACUGAGAUUUGUCCUGUCAGCUCAGCAGAUCUGCACUUGGCUGCUUCUGUUGUGACCACAGUUAAUCUUGCCUUAUCCAACAAUAAUUGCCCCUUCGCAGAGGAAAAAAAAAAA